AUGGAAAAAGGGGGGGCGCAGAAGCUCGGCUGGGGCGCGGGCGAGGACGCGGCGGCGGCGGCGAGCGAGCUGCUCCGCCUCUGCUGCGACCUCUCCACCGCGUGGGCGCCAAACUUCAACCUCGCGCUCGAGAUGUUCCUGCUCGCGGUGCCGAGGGGGGGCGUCUCCAAGCUCAUGUCGUGGGCCGACCGAGGCCCGCUCGCCGUCUGCUGCCCCGGCACGCACCAGCGGCGCGCCGCCGACUCGAUGCGGCACCUCGGGUGCGUCGACGAGCUCUGGUCCACAUGCGCCUCGCUGCUGCUCGCCGCCGAGGUGCAGCGCGACAGCGCGGCCGCCCUCACCAAGCUGGCCAACAAGAUUGCCUCGCUGCUCCCGGCGCGCGGCUCGUCGCUCUGCGCGAGGUACAUCGUCGUCGAGUCGCUGCUGCAGCUCUUCCGGCGCGUGCGCGAGGGGGGCGGCGACGUCGCGCCGAUCGGCGCCUCCCUCUCGACGAUCCUCUCGCAGCUGGCGGACGCAGCGGCCGCAAAGGUGGGCGCGUUUGGCGAGGAGCUGAAGGCCUUUCUCCUCCGCGACCUCGCCUUGGAGACGCAGGCGCGCGACCAACGCGAGAGGAGGCUCGCGCCGGCUGAGUUUGUGAGCGGGCUGCUCGAGUCGCACCCGCCGCUCGGGCGCGUCCUCGUGCAGCACUUUUCCGACGACCUCGAGCGUCUGUGGCUGACGAGCAUGAUGGAGGCCGGCCGCGAGGCGGCCCGCGCCCAGCGCCGCUUCACGCGCCUCCUGCUCUCGGCCUCCGCCGCGUACGCCGCGCCCGCCGCGCCGCUGCUCUGCACGCUGCGCGCCCUCCCCGACGCCGCCCUCUCCGGCCGCGAGCCCUUCGAGCAGAUCCCCAUCCUCGACGCGGCAAUCGACGCGCUGGGAGGGCUGGUCGACGGCGGCGCGGCGGCGGUGACGCCGGCGGCCACUCCGGAGCUGCUGCCGCGCGCGGAGGGGGUUGUGCGAGCGGCGACUUCGCACCUGUGGAGGGUGUGUGACCAGCUGGCCAAGCUCUCUGCGGAGGGUGACGGCGCCCGCAGACGAGCCCGCGAGCCGUCGCGGUCGGAGGAGCAGGCGGCGGGCGAGCUCGUCUUUGAGUGGCUCCUGCGGCAGCUGCUGCGGCCGGCGACGCAGCGGCGCAGCGACGCGCCGCGCCCGCUGCGGCGAGAGGUUGCGGGCCGAAUGCGCCAGCUCCUCCUCCUCGUCGCGCCGCUCGAGGCGCUCGAUGGCGGGGCGCACGCGCGCCGCAUCCAAAAGGCGCUCGACGACGUCUGCAAGGGGGCGCUCGAGCGGCCGCUGGUCCCGUCCGCGGCCGAGGAGGGGGAGGGCGUGACCAAGGCGGAGAUGCUGGCGCUGCUGCGCGAGCCUCCGCUGACGGCGCUGGCGGGGCGGAUGCUGCGGACGACGCUGCUGCCGCGGCUGCUCCUGCCGUGCCGCGGCCUGCCGCCGAGCCAGCUGGCGGGGCGCGUGAGCCUCGCGCUCGAGACGCUUGGCGCCGUCGCUCGCCCGACCCGCCUCCCAGCCGGCGGGGGCUUGCGCAGACACGUCUUGGAGCGUGGCGUAGGCGACGUGCUGCAGCGCCACCUCGACCUGCCCCAGCCGGCCGGCGAGCCCCUCCUCCUCGACUCCGCCGCCCAGGAGGCGCAGCUGUGGGCGAGCGAGGUGCUCGACUGCCUCAUGGUGUCGUACCUCUGCGCCGCCGCGGAGGCGGUGUCUUCGGAGGCGCCUCGGCGGCCGGCGCUCUCCCGCCUCGCAGGCGCGCUCGGCCCGCUAGGAGGGCAGCUCCAGAAGGUGCUGCAGGCGUGCCAGGCAGCAGAGGGGGCGCCGCGCGACGGCGCUGUGAGGUACCGUCAGCAAGUCGAGCAGCUGUGUGCCAUGGGUUACCUCGAUUCGGUGGCGGUGCUGCGGGCGCUGGCGGCCUCUGGCGGAGACAUCAAUGGGGCCCUCGACCGCCUGAUGCGCGGGUAAGGGCCCACACCCCACAGCGUUGUGCACGUGGGGCCGCUGCGCGCUGGGGCCGGGUGCGGUCUCAGCCUCUGCGGCGCUCUGCGGAGAGAGUCUCUCGUUUUACCGUACGUUGAGUGUGUGUGUGUGCGUGUCUGUGUCUGUGUGACAGAGUAAACUUCGUUGGUUCCUCCUUUUAUUUUGUUGUUGUCUGAUGUGAAAUUGUGUGAUCGGUGUG